AUGUUCGACUUCUACUCCUCUUUCUUCUCCAGAUUCUAUGCCUUGUGUCACUUUGCAACUCUGUUAGGGUUUUGUGACUCUCUCGCUGAUCCUUUUAAUAAUCGAAUAAUUCUGAAGCUGAAUCUUAGCCACAUGGAAAAACAAUCUGGAGAUCUGUUUGGAAGAUGGUGCCAAAGGCUCAAGUUUGAUUCUGAAGAUCACAAAAGUAAACACCAUAGAUUUUCAGAGAUUGUUCUCAGGUCUUUGCUCUCACAUGAAGCUCCGGUUCUAGAGAGUUUGAAGUUGGUAGUUAGAGAUGAAACCGAAGCUUUAGAUGUUGGAAUAUGGAUUGGAGUUGCAUUUGCACACAAUCUGCGUAAAUUGGUACUGGAUCUUCACAAUGAGAAGGAUGUAUUAGCAAGAGUUCCGAGUGUUGUGUGGAGCUGUAGCAAUAAACUCGAGACCUUGAAGUUAAGGAAUUCAAUUCUUUUGGAGUUUCCUUCUCGGGUCUCUUUCAGUUCCCUUAGGAAGCUGGACCUUGAGUACGUGGAAUUCAAAGACGAAGCAUCUAUCUCCAAACUUUUCUCCGGCUGCACUAGUCUUCAAGAAUUGUUUGUGGAUCGACAAAGCAAUAUCGAUGUGAAGACUUUCACUAUUGCGGUGCCGUCAUUACAAAGACUAACCGUAGUUGAUGACUUCCCAGGAGAUGGGAAAGGAGGCUAUGUGAUAAACUGCCCUUGUUUGAAGUAUUUGAGCAUCAAAGGGUUUGAGUGGAUCGAGUUCUGUCGGAUUGAGAAUUUGCCAGAGCUGGUGGAGGCAAAGAUUCUGGGCGUUUCACAUGAGAACAUUUUGGUAUCUUUAACUUCAGUCAAGAGUCUUUCCCUACAUUUAUCACCUUUUAAGGAGAUAAAGUUUCCUAUCUUCCACCAGCUGGUUUCUUUGGAGCUAUUUACAGGAAACGGAUGGAAUCUUCUUCCGCUCAUGCUUGAUAGUUCUCCUAAUUUACGAAUCCUCAAGUUUGUCGAUCCAGGCUGGUAUAACAAAGGGGGUUAUCCUGUGGGCUGCGAAUGGAGUCAACCGAUAUGUGUACCGGAAUGUCUGUUGUUCCAUCUCGAGAAAUUCGUGUGGACAAGAUACGAGUGGCAACGAGAAGAUGAGAAAGAAGUGGCCCUCUACUUCCUUAAUAAUGCGAGACGGUUGAAGAAAGCAAUUCUCACCACAAAACCUAUCGAAAUUGAAGAGCUCAAGAAGUUGGAGAAGAGACGUGAGAUGCUGAAGCAGUUGGCUAGCGAGGUCAAGUCUCCAAACUCAUGCCAACUCGUGUUCGAAUAUGAGACGUUUACUUGUAACAAAAUCGGUGGUAAAAAUUUUAGAGGUAGAGAUAUUGUGAAUGAAGACAGAAUCAGUGAGUUGCCUGAAGAGUUGCUUCUUCAGAUAUUGUCUUCAGUUCCGACAGUAGAUGUCAGAGCCACGAGUGCUUUGUCUAAACGGUGGAGAUCUCUUUGGAAGAUGGUGCCAAAGCUCAAGUUUAAUUAUGAACGUCACGAAAGCAAACACCAUUCAUUUUCAGAGAUUGUUUGCAGGACUUUGCUUUCACAUAAAGCUCCGGAGCUAGAGAGUUUGGAAUUGGUAGUUAGAGAUGCUGAGGCCGAACCUUUCGAUGUUGGAAUAUGGAUGGGAAUUGCUUUCGCACACAAUGUGCGUGAAUUGGUAUUUGAUAUUCGGGGAGAAGAGCCAGACACAUAUUCGAGUGUUUUGUGGAGCUGUAACAAUAAACUCGAGACCUUGAAAUUCAAGAAUUCAAUGAUUUUGGAAUUUCCUUGUGAGGUUUGUUUCAAGUCCCUUAGAAAGCUGCACCUUGACAAUGUGGAACUCGAAGACGAAGAAUCUGCUUCCAACCUUUUCUCCGGCUGCACUAGUCUUGAAGAUUUGGUUGUGAAUCGAAAAAGCAAUUCUGAUGUGAAGUCUUUCACUGUUGCGGUGCCAUCAUUACAGAGACUAACCAUAGACGAUGAUUCUGAAUCAGGACAAGGGGUUGGUGGAUAUGUGAUAAAUGCUCCUUCUUUGAAGUAUUUAUUCCUCAAAGGGUUUUGUAAUUACGAGUUCUGUCUGAUUGAGGAUUUGCCAGAGCUGGUGGAGGCAAGGAUUAUGGAUGUUUCUUAUGUUGACGAUGAGAACAUUUUAGCAUCUCUAGCUUCAGUCAAACGCCUUUCCCUACACAUAUUACCCUUUCAUCUGAAACAUCCUCCUACUGGAGUUAUGUUCCAUCAGCUGGUUUCUUUGGAGCUAUUUAUACAACACGGAUGGAAUCUUGUUGAGCUCAUGCUAGAUAUUUCUCCUAAUUUACAAACCCUCAAGCUUGUCUAUGCAUGGAAUUGGGACAGAAGUGAUAGUCCUAUCGGCUGCGAAUGGAGCCAACCGGAGUGUGUACCGGAAUGUUUGUUGUUCCAUCUUGAAACAUUCGUGUGGACUUAUUACAAAUGGAAACAAGAAGAUAAUAUUGAAGUGGCCCUUUACAUCCUUAAUAACGCGAGACGGUUGAAGAAAGCAACUCUCACCACAAAACCUAUCGAGUCUCAUAGGGUCAAGAAGUUGGAGAAGAGACGUGAGAUGCUCAAAAAGUUGGCUAGUGAGGUCAAGUCUCCAAGUUCAUGUGAACUUGUGUUCGAAUGUGAGAUGUCUACGUGUAACAAAAUCGGUGGUAAAAUUUUGAGAGGUAGAGAUAUUGUGAAUGAAGACAGAAUCAGUGAGUUGCCUGAUGAUUUGCUUCUGCAGAUAUUGUCUUCAGUUCCAACAGAAGAUGUCAUAGCCACGAGUGCUUUGUCUAAACGGUGGAGAUCUGUUUGGAAGAUGGUGCCAAAGCUCACGUUUAAUUAUGAACGUCUCAAAAGAGAACGCCAUAGAUUUCCAGAGAUUGUUUGCAGGACUUUGCUUUCACAUAAAGCUCCGGAGCUAGAGAGUUUGCAUUUGGUAGCUAGAGUUAAUUCCGAAGCUUUAGAUGUUGGAACAUGGAUGAGAACUACUUUUGCACGCCCUGUGCGUGAAUUGGUAUUGGAUCUUCGCAAUCAGAGAAAAGUGCCAGUCAGUUUAACGAGUGUUUUGUGGAGAUGUAGUAAUAAACUCGAUACCUUGAAGCUCAAGAAUUCAAUUAUUUUGGAAUUUCCGAGUUGGGUUUGUUUCAGUUCCCUUAGAAAGCUGCACCUUGAGUAUGUGGAAUUCAAAGACGAAGCAUCUGUUUCCAACCUUUUCUCUGGCUGCACUAGUCUUCAAGAUCUGUUUGUGGAUCGAAGAAAUUAUUAUAUGGAUGUGGGGACUUUUCGUAUUGCGGUGCCAUCAUUACAAAGACUAACCAUACGAAUACUAUCUUGUUACUCAGGACGUAGGGAGACUCGUUAUGUCAUAAAUGCACCUUCUUUGAAGUGUUUGAGCAUCAAAGGGUCCGAGUGGAUUAAGUCCUGUAUCUUCCAUGAGUUGGUAUCUUUGGAGCUAUUUACAGGACAAGGAUGGAAUCUUCUUGGCCUCAUGCUCGAUAGUUCUCCUAAACUGCAAAUCCUCAAGCUCACUGACCCAUCUAUGUAUACCAAAAAGGAUUGUUCUGUGGAGCGGGGAUGGAGGAGGAGUCAACCAAAAUCUGUACCGGAAUGUUUGCUGUUCCAUCUUGAGACAUUCGUGUGGACAAGAUACGAAUGGCAACUAAAAGAUGAGAAAGAAGUGGCCCUAUACAUCCUUAAUAACGCGAGACGGUUGAAGAAAGCAACUCUCAGCACAAAAUCUGUUUGGUCUUAUGAGCUCAAGAAGUUGGAGAAGAGACGUGAGAUGCUCAAACAGCUGGCUAAUGAGGUCAAGUCUCCAAGUUCAUGUCAACUCGUGUUCGAAUAUGACACGGUUCCUUUUGAAUAG